AUGGGAGAAAGAGGACAGCGGGAGCAGUGGGAGGAGGAGGUCUACCGCUCCUUCGACGCCGACACCGGCGAUCUGCUGCCGGAAGCUGCCGCGCAGGCAAAAGAGGAGGCGGAGGAGGCGCAAGAGGAGGCGCAAGAGGAGGAGGCAGUGAAAGAAGAAGAUGAGCCGAAGCAAGAUAAGGGCGACAUCUUCCAAGGCCUGGAAGAGACAGAAGAGUACGUGCCGGAGGUCCGGGACAACCCUGGGAAGAUCGGCAUGCGCUUCACCGCGCGCCCGCGGCCAGGCGUCCCGGUCCGGGACCGCGGCAAGAAGGCGCCGCCCUUCCCUAAGGAUGCGCCAAAGACCGAGCUCCCGCCCAUGAUGGCGGGCGAUGAGGAGGGGGACGAGAAUGACCCGGUCUGGCUCAAGGAUAAGGGCGAUCAGCUCAUGGUGCGGGGGGAGGUGCAGGGAGCCUACAACGCCUACACCGAGGCGCUCAAGCUGGGCUCCAACGCGCGGUGCUUCGCCAACCGCGCGGUGGCCGCUCUGUACCUCGGGAACUUUGAGCAGUGCCUGGAGGACUGUACUCGCUCCAUCCAGAUCUUGGACCUCAGGAACAAGCCCCGGAACGGCGAGCUGAACCACAGCCCCGACCCUGAGGAUGAGAAGGUCCGCGCGCGUGUGGAGGUGCGAAUGGGCGUGGCAUUUCUUUGGCUCGGCGCAUUCAAGAAGGCGGAGGCGCAUUUCGAAAAGGCGCUCAAGACCGAGGGCCUCGACGCAGAGGAGACGAAGCAGGUGCGCCAGGAUCUGGAGCGAGUGCAGGGCGCCUGGGUGGCUCUGCAGGUCAAAGAGCAGGCGGACCAAAGCGCGCGCAGCGGUGAGCCGGAGGUGCUGGAGAAGGCGUUGGGCCUCUAUGGGGAGGCCGAGGAGGUGUCCAAGCAGGAGAGAGCGCCGUGGUCUUUGCCAACCGUUGCCAGGCGCAGCUGA